AUGUGGAGAGUGCUGAAGAAGAUGACAGAGUACCACGUGUUCACGGUAGGGAGAAUCAUCCAAGGUAGAAAGAGGGCGGGAAAGCCGACGUACUGCUUCUUCCUGGACGUGAAAAAGGCAUACGACACCGUGUGGAGAAAUGGGUUGUGGAAACAACUGUCCAAAUACGGGAUCAAGGGGAAAAUGUGGAGAGUGCUGAAGAAGAUGACAGAGUGUACGAAAAGCGCGGUCAUGCUAGACGGAGAACUGUCAAAAUUCUUCGACAUUGAGCAGGGGGUCCCACAAGGUUGCACGCUGUCCCCAACAUUGUUCCAGGUGUUCAUCAACGAUCUGUUGGAAGUCGUAGAGGCAGUCCGGAAGGGAGUAAAAGUAGGGGACACGGAAACGUCGGUGCCAGGAAUGCUGUUUGCGGAUGAUUUUGUCGGUAUGUCGGACACCCCUGGGGGACUGCAACUGCAAAUUGACGCGGCGAAGAAGUAUACGGACAAGUGUAGAUUGUCUGCCAACGUUGAGAAGAGUGCCGUCAUGGUAUGCAAAGAGAACAAGGAGGAACCCGUAGAACAUAGAUGGAACUGGGGGAUCGAGGAGAUUGCAGUAGUGGACCAGU